AUGAUCAUAUUUCAAACGGCAAAAUUACGGUAUUCCACAAAUACCAGACAAUAUAAUGCGCUAAGUGACCACACAGUGGUGACGGAAAGUAACGUAUUUCCUUACGUGGUAUCUGUAUUGAAGAAGUCUUCGUAUUUAAGUGCUGGAGCCUUGUUGGAUGAUAAAUGGGUGCUGACGGCUGCUGACGCUUUGUUUUUAGUCCGAGAAUCAGCAAGAGUGAUCAAAGUCAGAUUGGGCAGCAUCAACUACAAGAAAGGUGGGGUCCUUCUCCCGGUGAAGAGUAUAGAAGUACAUCCACUCUUUGACGACAGUAAGCCGGCCUUCGACGUGGCUCUCAUCAUGCUGGCUGAGCGGGUGUGGCUGACCCCGACCCUAUCUCCAAUAAGAAUCCAGACAAAUUUGCAGGAGAUCACUGCUACCCACUUUAUUGUGACUGCGUGGACUCCUUUAUUACGUAUAAGAGCCAAGCCUCAUCACAUCAUAUCAAUGGACACGAUCAAACAGCGCCGUAUGCUCUCAGUCUCCCAUCUUCACCCUUCAGACCCUGAACUAUGUAAGAAGGAGCUCAACGAUAUGGGCAUCAAUGACACGGGGAGCAUCAUGUGCCUGGACCCGGAUUUGAACGCUGAUCCUUGUUGGAGGGACACUGGAGCCCCAGUGGUUCUCAACGGCGUCCUUUGGGGCGUGGUGUCCUCGUGGCGGCCCGACGACUGCUACUCGCGGCCGGGGCGCAGCUUCGCGGUGCGGGUGGCGGCGCGGGACGUACGCAGCUGGCUGCACGCCGCCACCCGCGGACACAGGUGGAACCGCACCGAGUACGACGAAGAGGAUGAUAGUAUGGUCCUCAACGGCGUCUCCUCGUGGCGGCCCGACGACUGCUCCUCGCGGCCGGGGCGCAGCUUCGCGGUGCGGGUGGCGGCGCGGGACGUGCGCAGCUGGCUGCACGCCGCCACCCGCGGACACAGGUGGAACCGCACCGAUAGUAGUGUCACCGGGGCCCCAGUGGUCCCCAAUGGCGUCUCCUCCUGGCGGCCCGACGACUGCUACUCGCGGCCGGGGCGCAGCUUCGCGGCGCGGGCGGCGGCGCGGGACGUCCGCAGCUGGCUGCACGCCGCCACCCGCGGACACAGGUGGAACCGUACCGAGUAUGACGAAGAGGAUGAUAGUAUGGUCCUCAACGGCGUCUCCUCGUGGCGGCCCGAAGACUGCUACUCGCGGCCGGGGCGCAGCUUCGCGGCGCGGGUGGCGGCGCGGGACGUUCGCAGCUGGCUGCACGCCGCCACCCGCGGACACAGGUGGAACCGUACCGAGUAUGACGAAGAGGAUGAUAGUAGUGAGAGAUGA